AUGUUCUAUCAUCAGAACGAUGCAUUGAUCAUUGGUGAUGUUCUUGUUGAAUGUUCAUUUGGUAAUAAAGCUCAAAUUAGUUUUAUUCACAGUAAUUAUCGAACACGUUUAAAUAAUGUAGCUGGCGAUAGUGAAGAUCCUACAGGAAAAGUAGUACAUAAAAUAUUUGGUGAUUGGCAUGAAAAUGUUUUUUUGUGGAAAUGA